AUGAGCGCCUCCCUUGCCAACAUAUCUCUGAACGCCAUUCCGCUACUCCCGCCCUUCGAUCCUUCCGUCCAAGUCUAUUCCGCCAACGUCUCGGCGGACGUCUCCCAGGUGAACGUCUCAAUCGUCCCCGGCGUUCUGGGCUCGAGUAUCAAGGUUAACGGGACGCUUUUGCAGUACGGCUGUGCAAACGGCACAGACUGCAACAACACCGCAACUCUGCGAAUCUCAUACGCCGGCCUCAACACUUAUGCAAUCACCGUUGACUCCCCGAACGGCCUGAAUCAGACGGUCUACCAAAUUCUGAUCUACUCGGCGCCCGCCACUGACAUUUGCCGCCGCCGGCCCUUCCCGCCGCCUGCGCGCACGGCCGCGUGCAUUAACGGCGUCGCAACGUUCGCUGGCCCGACGACCGGGGGAACUAGAGUGGGAGUUCAUUACCCCUACGGUCCGCUGCCGUCAGCCAAAGCCGCUUAUUCCUCCGUUGGUAUAGCCCGCUUGAAGCCGCCCACGUGCGCCUUUGGUGAGACACUUACUGUCGGAUCGUAUGCCUGGGAGGGGGAUUAUAUCACCUGCUACUCACCCCCUCAAGACGAGCCUAGGACCGUGGAGCUGCGGAUCAGCUUCGAUGGGAACACCUUUACCGCCUCCGGGCUGACGUUCUCUUACUACGCGCCCUUCGAGGCCCUGUCGGUCACCACGGAGCCCGCCGCCCUCUACGUUGGGGCCAUCUUCAAGGCGCGCGUCUCUCUGACGGGGCCCGUCUUUGGUCCGGCCUUCACCGACUUCGCCGGCGCCGACCAAACCGGCCGCUGCCAGAUGCCGGGCAGCAUCUCCCGGGCUUCUUACGUUCCCGCCAACGGAACCGGCGGACCGCCGUCCCUUUACUGCGAGGCCCUCGUCCCGUACUACUUCGGCGCCGGGCAGUACUCUCUCCAAGUGUCGCUCAACGAAUGGGACUACGUGCCCGUCCCCCAGCCGCUGUCGUUUGCGCCGUUCAACGCCAGCGGGUCUGGCUAUAACCGGCUCCCUAAUGCGGGCGUCCGCUGGCAGUCCAAUGUUCCGUACAACGAGAGCCUCUGCUUAAGCUACCCGGUUGGUCCCGACAUCGACGACGCGACACUUUCGCAGCUCGCUUGCGAUCAAGGGGGCCUUUCCCCGGCCUUCGACCCCAGCGUUUUUGCGUACACUGCAAGCGUUCCUUCGAACGUCACCCAAGUCUUCCUCACCUUAGCGCCAGCUGUCAUCGGGGCGACCAUCACCAUCAACGGCUCACUGUUGGCGGUCGCCUGCGCCGACGGAUUCCUCGUCAAUAGCACGAUCACGCUCCCUAUCGCUUAUGCGGGCGCGAAUAACUUCGUGAUCGAGGUGACGGCCCUCGACGGGAUCCACCGCGCGCUCUAUUCCGUUUCCGUUUUCAGCGCGCCGGAACCGGGGCUUGUAGCGUGCCCCAAAGCGUACGCGUCCCAGCCGCGCUCCGCCUGUAUGCAGAGCAUCGUUCCGGUGGUGGGCCCCAUUUCCGGCGGAACAACAGUGACCAUCCGCUUCCCCUACAACCAGCUCCCUCUCGGCCCUGUAAACUGGUGGGACUGGUGGAGCAACUCGAACUACGGCUCCGGUGUGAAAAAGCCCGUGUGUCGCUUUGGGAGGUCACUAGUCACUGGGGCUUAUGGAACGGACGGGACUAGCAUCACGUGCGUGGCACCCCCCUGGGACGAGACUGCUCCGUCGAGGACGGUGGCGCUCUCCUUCAGUCUGGAUGGCGUUUCGUUUAGCACUGCUGGAGCCAAUUUCCACUAUCACGUUCCCUUCACAGCCGCGGCUGUUACGGCUCCCCGCGUGCCAGUCAGCCUCGGCUCCCUCUUCGAGGCCCUUGUUCCGCUGGACAACGCGCCGUUUGCAGCGGACUUCACCGACUACGCCGGAAUUUCCGCCACGGCGACCUGCGACAUCCAGGCCUACCCGCGAAUGCCCGCCGUCCUCAUUCCCCCUGGUCCCAACCAAACCCUCCCAGUCUUCCGCUGCGUGGGCAACUCUCAGUUGGGGAUUGAAGUCGGAACCUACAACCUGCACAUCUCCCUGACCGGCCAGGAUUCCGUAACCGUUCGCAAACCGAUCGUUUUCUCGGCGCCCGGUGGCCCGCCCGUCGGCGACACCGGCUUCUAUGCAAACGCGCAGCCGCGGCCGCUCCCGCCCUCGCCCGGGUUCUGCGUCAGCUACCUGGUGGGCGCUACGUCAGCCAACGUCAGCCUGUCCGCUCUCGCAUUUUCGGAGGGCCUGUUCCCUGCCUUCGACCCGGGGCUCCGCAGCUACUCUUCCCGAGUCGCCUUUAACGUCACCGAGGUGACCAUCAUCGUGCUUCCGAGUGUGGUCGGGGGAAGCGUGAGCGUCAACGGACGGCCUCUGGGCGUCACUUGCGUCAACAAGACGAUUGCCCACAACGUGUUUACGGCUGCCGUUCCUUACGCAGGGAACAACAGGUUUACGGUUGAGGUCACGGCCCCCGACGGCAUCAACCGGGCGGCUUAUACCAUAGACGUAUACGCGGAUCUUGCCCCCGUGCCGGCGGUCUGCCAAAAGCCGUACGCGCCGCAGUUUACCACCGCGUGUUUGCAGAAGAUUUACCCAGGGGUUGGGCCCACGACCGGGGGAACCCUGGUCCAGCUUCAGUUUUCCUCGGGCUCUUUCUCCUACCUGUACUCCGUGCCUACCGUUUACUCGCCCGGGGACUGGCAAUGGCGGCAACUGUGGACGGUGAAGCAACCGGUGUGCGCCUUCGGCAAUCAAACGGUCCCGGGGACGCUUAAUGGCGACUCUGCGGUGACUUGCACGAGUCCCCCCGCGGCAAACGGAGCCCCGGAAACGGUAGCGCUGACGUUCAGCCUUGACGGACGGACCUUCUCUUCAACAGGCGCCACGUUCACAUACCACACCCCCUAUCAAGCGGUUGGGUUCGACGGGCUACCAUCAACCCUCUACCUCGGGAAAGCGUAUCAAGUCCACAUCCGCCUCCAAGGACUCUUGCUCCCCGACGCAUUCACCAACUUUGACCUCAUCUCCCUGACUACCAUGUGCCAAUUCGAGGGCAUGCGGACCGGCGCCGCGUUCCUCCCAGGCGACGGGAAUGGCAGCGACCCCAUGGUGUCCUGCGCUUUUUUGGCGCCCGGUUACUUCCAGCCCGGCCCACACAGCCUGAGCCUCUCCCUCACCGGGCAGGACUUUGCGACGGUGCUCCAGUCCCUUGUUCUCACCACUCCAAACGACACCUCCUCUUACUACUACUGGUGGUCGUAUCUCCCCGGGCCGUAUUACAACCAAGGCCUCCAGCUUCCUUCCUCCGCGGGCUAUUGCGUCUCCUAUUCCUCAGCGCCGGACGCCCUAAACGCAAGCCUGACUAGUCUGGAUCUAGGCGGAGUCGCUCUCUCGCCCCCGUUCAGCCCCAGCAUACUCCAAUACACAGCAUCAGUGACGUCAGCCCUGGACGCUGUAAACGUCACCCUACUCCCCGCCGCGCUUGGCGCGCGCGUGCGUGCGAGCGGCGGGGUCCUGGAGCCCGACUGCGCAAGCGGCGCGCCGGGUGGUAACGCCCUCGUCUUUCCGGUGCAGUACGUCGGAAAGAAUAACCUGACCAUCGAAGUGACGUCAGCCAGCGGCCUCUCACAAGCGGUGUACUACGUCAACGUAUACGCGGCGCCCGCCGAUCGCACGUGCCAGGUCAAACCGUAUGCCCCGAGCGUCCCGCGAAGCGCGUGCCUGCAGAGCAUCUUUCCGUCGUCGGGGCCCGCUUCCGGCAGAACGCGCGUCACUUUCAACUUCCCCUGCGGUCAGCUCCCGAGUAACAUGGGCCGGGACGGCUUUUGGGAUGUGAAGCUGCCCAUAUGCUCCUUCGGCGGUCGGCAGGUUACGGGGAUGUACGACUGGGGCUGGGGCUGUUCUCUUUGGUGCUCGUCUCCAGCUUGGGAUCAAAACGCUUCGGCGGAGAGCGUGGAGGUGACGUUUAGCUUUAAUGGGGGCCGUACGUUUAGCAAAGCCGGGGCCAUCUUCUCAUAUUACAUUCCCUUCAACCCCACCUUGAGCAGCGUCCCUGACGCGAUCGUACUGGGCACGACUUUCUACAUCGAGGUCUCCCUGAGCGGGCCCGUCUUUGGCGCCAACUUCACUGGUUACGACGCCUUCGCCCCCGCCUGCCGCCUGCCAAACUUGUGGGGCCUGGUCGUGCCCGCCACCUUCAUCACCAAUGGAACCACCCCGGCUCUGGGCUGCACCCUGGCAACCCAGUAUUACAUGAACCCCGGCUCAUUCAUACUGGAGGUUUCUCUAAAUGGGUACGACUUUGUGGCCUGCCCAGAGCGGCUAAAUAUAGUUCCCUCUAACAACACCAACUGGAACUACAAUUGGGUGCCCGGCUGGCAGUCCCCGCCCGCGCUGCCGAGUGCCCCGGGCCGGUGCGUACCGUUCGUGGGCGAUCCGGAGAAUGUGGACGCGAGUCUGCUAAGCAUAGUGGUGGGGAACGAGACGGUCCCAAACCCGGUGCGCAUUUUCCCCAUGUUCUUCCAGGCGGAUUACAUGCAGAGCAGCGCGUACUUCGGAACGGUCCCUGCGGCUGCGGAUGAGAUCAUGCUCACGGCAGUGCCGGCCAUAGCCGGCGUUAAUGUGACGCUAGACGGCGUUCCUUUGGCGCUGUCUUGCGAGAAUGGAGAGCUCGCGGGCAACUCGAUAUCGGCGGCCAUCCCUCAUUCCGGCCUCAACUGGUUCCGUUUCUAUGUCACCGCCCUGGACGGAAUCCACGAGCUCGGCUACCGCCUCGACAUCUUUGCUGAGCCGCCGCUGGGACCGGGGUCGUGCCCGCGGCCCUACAAGCUGACGUCACAAACCAGCUGCCUCCAACGGCUUUCGCCUCUGGUCGGACCUGUGGCGGGGGGCACCCAGGUCUUUGUGGGCUUGUCUGGCGGUCUGCCCUCGUUCGCAGCCAACUAUUACUGGGGCUGGGGCUCCGACUCCGGUUCUCAAUUCAAGCCGCCCGUCUGUAGAUUUGGCUCCCAAGCAGUGAACGGAACGUACACUCAGGGGUGUUCCUCUGGCUGGUGCGGGGGGGGCGUUCUGUGCGACACUCCCGCAGUGAAAGCCCCGAUGGGCGGGCAAACUGUGCCGGUCACGAUCAGCUUCGACGGAGCAACUUUCACCGCAAGGAAUGCUACUUUCACGUAUUAUGCCCCGUUCACGGCGCGGGCCGUCACCAAUCUUUCAAGCCCGCCCUGUAUUGGGGUCCCCUUCGAAGCCGUCGUUCCCUUGGACGGCCUACUUUUCCCGCCCGAUUUCACCUACUCCGACCUCCUCCGGGGCUCCAGUUCCCCGGCUUCUUGUGACCUGGAAGGCACCCUAAGCGUUGCCGAGUAUUGGCCCCCGACCGCACACCAAAUCAAACCCGAGAUUCGGUGCACCACCAUGGCACAAUCGUGGCUGUCCCCCGGUCCGCACACCCUCCGGGUCUCUCUUAACGGGCGGGACUACGUGGCAGUCCAGACGCCGCUGAGUUUCAGCGCGGCAAACGAAAGCGUUAACGGGUGGGUUCCCGGUCCGUCCUGGUACCAGAACGGGCUGCAGCUCGACUCCAGUGAUCCGGGUUACUGUUUAAGCUACCUCUCGGGACCGGGAAGCGCCAACACCACGCUCGCGAGCGUGUCCCUGGCGCCCGCAAACCUGACGUCCGAUUUCACCCCGGACGUCCGCAACUAUGCGGCACGUGUUUCCUGGGACGUGAGCCAGGUGGCGAUCCGCGUGGCAGCCAGCGUGGUGGGCGCGGCCGUUCGCAUCAACGGGAGCCCGGUUGACGUCCGCUGUUCAAACCGGACCCUGUCCAACAACACCUUUCCCGCUCCGAUCCUGUUCACCGGAACAAACGCUUUCACCAUAGAAGUCACGGCUCCCAACAGAAUCAGCCGGAGCCUCUACACUCUUAACAUUGAGUCGGACCCGGCGCCAGUCCCCGGGCCCUGCCAGAAGCCGUACGCGCCGCAGAUCACGACUGCCUGCCUUCAGCAAAUCUUCCCGGGCGUCGGCCCCGCGCGCGGCGGCACGCAAGUCCGCCUCCAGUUCCCAUACGGUCAGCUUCCUCUGGGCUAUCCAAACUGGUGGAACUGGGGAUCGUACGGAACGGACGCAAAGCUUCCGCUUUGCGCGUUUGGUGACUUGGUUGUCAAUGGCUCGUACGGGUAUGACGGGACCAGUAUCGUGUGCCCCUCCCCCGCAUGGCCCGCGUCCGAGCCCCCCGAAACGGUGGCCGUGAGCUUCAGCCUGGACGGGGCCGUCUUCUCAACUCUGGGCGCUACCUUCACUUACUAUGCCCCCUUUGCGCCAGGCACUGUGACCGGUCUCCCUCCCACUCUCUACACCGGAGCAGCCUACCAGGCGUCUAUUCCCCUCGGCAAAACGGUUUUUCCGACGGACUUCACCGACUAUGACUUGGUCGGCCUAUCAGCCACUUGCAACCUUGACGGCACAACCUCGGCCGCCCAGAUCCUCCCGGAAGUUUUCUCCGACGGCAGCCUGGCCCUGAGCUGCACCGUCUUUGCCCCCUGGUACUAUCAACCGGGGCCCCACACCCUGCAAGUGUCGCUCGACGGCAUGAACUAUUCGCCCUUGCCGGCUCCUAUUUUUUUCACCGCCCCCAAUGAGACCACUUACGGCUGGCCUUACUACCGAACCCCGAAUUGGAACCAGGGCAGGCAGCUGUACGGCCCGGGGUAUUGUACCGGGUACCGAACCGGGCCCACCGCAGCGGACUCUUCCCUGGGUACGCUUGCCGUCGACCAGGGGGCCCUUCUCCCGGACUUCAACCCGGCCACCCGGGCAUAUGCAAUCAACGUGACGGCUGACGUCACGGAGAUCAAUCUUACUCUGCUGCCGGGCGCGCCGCGCGGCGCGGUCGUGGAGGUGAACGGAGUUCCGGUCAACAUCAGCUGCGCCGGGAACGAGACGGCCGGAAACGUCUUCUCAGCAGCGGUCCAUUAUGUUGGACUGAACGCUUUUGUGAUCACCGUCACUGCCCCUGACAACAUUCAUCAAACGGCUUACCGCCUGGACGUAUACGCUGCGCGCGCAGGCAACGUGUGCGCAGAGCGCGCCUACGCCCCCGCCGCGCGUGCGGCCGCGUGCAUGCAGGGCGUCGCUCCGAGCCUGGGCCCUGUGACAGGUGGCACACGCGUGGCCGUUCAUUUCCCAUACGGGCAGCUUCCGCUGGGCAGCUUCCGCGGUUAUUGGGAGCAGUGGGCGAGUUUUGGCGCUAAAGCGCGGCGGCCGGUCUGCACGUUCGGCGACCAGAGAGUGGAGGGAUCAUAUGGGACAGAGGGCACGACGAUCCUUUGCGUGUCGCCGCCUCUGGAGGACCAGUCCCAGCCGGUCACUGUGGACCUGACGUUCAGCUUAGACGGGAGGGUCUUCACCCGUACCGGAGCAACGUUCACGUAUUACGCCAACUUCCAGCCUGCCAUGGUGGCCGCCCUUCCCUCCAGCGUCGCCGUGAGUGAUCUCGUCACGGCGGUCAUCCCCUUGCCUUCGCCACUGUUCGACGCCACCUUCAGUGACUUCGCUCGGGUCAACUCCUCCGCGGCCUGCCUCCUCCAGCCGGGCUCCACUUCCGCCGCGGCGUACUUUUCGCCGGACUCCGCCCACGACACCCCGACCCUCCGCUGCCUCCUCAAGCUCUGGAUGGGCCCCCAACCGGGACAGUGCGCGCUCCAGGUCGCCCUUAACGGUCAGGACUACACACCGGUGCUACAGCCGCUCAUGUUCAGCGUCUGGACCGGAAACUCGGAGAACUGGUGGCAGAGGCCGCCCGCUCCCGGAAAUCAGGUCUGGCCCCUUCCUGCGGCGAGCACCGACCCGUGCAUUUCGUACGAAAUUGGGGCCCCGUUCAUUGACGCUACUUUAGCUAACCUAACCCUGGUGGCCGGAGUCUGGCUCUCUCCAGACUUCCAAGCGGAUGUGCUGAGCUACUCCAUAAGCGUUCCCUCCACGGUUAACGAAGUGACCCUCACGGUUACGCCUAACGUGGUCGGUCAGACCGUCCUCAUCAACGGUGCGGAGCUCUUUGCGACCUGCGCAAACGGCAGCUUAGUGGGUAACGUCUUCAAGGCGGCGACCCCUUAUAUUGCAACCAACAACAUAACAAUCGAAGUGGUCGCCCAGAACGGCAUCCAUCGGUAUCUAUACACCGUUCUAGUGCAAUCUCAGCCGUCCAACUCCCCGGCACUCUGCCAGAAGGAUUCUGCGCCGUCCGUUGGCAGCGCCUGUCUGCAAAGCAUAUUCCCCAAAGCAGGCCCAGUGGGCGGAGGGACACGCGUCGUGCUCCGAUUCCCCCAGGGGCAGCUGCCAUUAGCUGCGGGCAGCUAUGGCUAUUCCUGGUAUACCGCGGCUUCCACCGUUAAGAAUCCGGUAUGCGCUUUCGGGGGGCAGAAAGUGCAGGGAUACUACGGGGGAGACGGCAGUACAAUCUACUGCAACGCGCCGGCGUGGGAUCCCACAACAGGGGCAAGGACCGUGCCUGUGUGGUUCAGCUUUGAUGGGUCCAGCUUCACGAUCUACGGACCAAAGUACACCUACUAUGACGCGGUCACAGUAACCGGGGCAGCCACCGUUCCCGCGUCGCCCACCAUCGCUUCGUACUUCACUGCAACAGUGACCUUGUCGGGCGAUCUCUCCCCUGAGGAUCCCUCAACGUUGUCACCCGCCUGCCGUUUCCUGGGUUAUCAGUACCCGGCUACAGUCUCCCCCGCCGUAUUGAAUGGCAGUGCCCCAACUCUCCGCUGCGUUUGCGUUGCCUGGCCCUAUUAUCCACCGAGUGAAUUUGAUCUCGAAGUCUCGUUGAACGGCCAAGACUUCGUCCUAGCGCCAAGUCCGGUCAGCUUGGGGCCCCAACUGCCCGAUUCUUCCUGGUCCGGCUUCAACAUGCCCACAGUCUUCCCCCAAGACGUCCCCGGGCACUAUCCCCCGGGGGUCUGCCUGACGUACCGCUCGGGGUUGGGGGCGGCCAAUGCAACCCUGGCAUCCCUCUCCCUAGAUUCUGGUUACCUGAACCCGGCCUUCAAUCCGGGCCAGACCUACUACUGGACGAGCCUCCCAACCGACGUCGCGGAGGUAACCCUUGCUUUCGAACCGGGCACUAAGGGGGCGACCGUCACGGCUAACGGGACUCCGAUUAGCGCAACCUGUGCGGAGGGAGCAGUCGCCAACAACACGUUCCCUGUCUCCAUUUCUCAUUCCGCGCCCACGCAAGUGUCUGUUGUGGUUCUUGCGCCAGACGGGAUUUCGGAGAGGGUUUACUACGUCACCAUAUAUUCUGAGGUGUGGAGCACCCCGGGGGGCCAACCCGGGAUGGGCCCCUACCCCUCUCCAAUGGACCCCUUUGCCCCGCCGGCGAUGAGUCCCCCAACCCCGUUUUCUGGCCCGGCGAGGGUGUACGUGCGCUCUUAUGGGCCGGGGCUAAGCUCGUAUGGAGGUGGCAUCAAGCUUUCCGUUGUGCUGGAACGCCCGGCUGGAGAGAUGGCCCCACACGCCGAGGGCUGGUAUUACUGCCAGUUCGAUUCGGUCGUGGUCUUUGCGGACAGCUUCCAAGACAACCCGUCGGUGCCUAACGUGUGGACAGUGACGUUUGUGGUGCCGCCCUUGCCGCGGGGGAACAUGGUGGCGAAGCUGGCCAUCAGCGAGGACGGGUUCAACUUCCAGGAUUUCGGAGUGUUCCAGUAUCAUGAGCCCCUCCACAUCGCCUCUUUUGCGCCGGCUAUGGGUUCGACCGCCGGGAGAAGGGAAGUCCAAUUCUCGGUCGCCAGCAGCCUCCUCAUCUACUCCUCUGCCACGGCCGAGCGUUUACAACCCGCGUGCAAGUUUGGCAACAUCACAGUGCCCGGGACCUUCCAUCAACCGUAUGCCUCUGAGGAUUCGAGUCCUCACAUCAGUUGUGUCGGCCCCGCUUCCCAGCCCGGAUUUGCACGGCUUGCGGUGUCGCUCAAUGGCCAGGAGUGGGCACCGGUUACCGGCAGGUAUCACUUUGUUCAGAUGCUUGAAGACCCGGACAUGCCCGGCCGGUGCUUCUACGGCCACGAGUUUUAUGACGACUGCGACUCUCCCUACCCUUGCUUCGAGGGGGCACCCGCCAUGGCUCCGAGACCCCAGGCUUUUGCCUCCGCGCCAGCCCCCGGGCCACCCUUUACCUUCCUCCCCCCGCCAGGUUUCAAUGGAACCCUGAGCGAACCCCUGACUGUCGUGGAGGUUUUGCCGGCCGCGGCGGGCGCCUAUCUCCAGCUCAUCUGUACCGCGCCGGAUGGGCAGCCAACGGUCGGCGCGCUCUUCGCGGCCGCGUUGACCAGCUUCCCCGAGGGCGACGCGCCCGCACAGCCGCUCUUCGUGUCGUACCCGGCGGAUCUGCCCGGGGACUACGCCAUCGACGUAUCGGUGCGCUCUGGCGGCGUUUACAGCUUCAGCGUCUACCGGUGCUUCGCGCCGGCCUGCGAAGAUGUGCAAACCGGGGCGCUUAGCUCACCGGUGGCCGUCUUCCAAGGCAGCUUUUCCGUCGUUCCGGGUCCGCUCAGCCACAACAUGACAACGGCAUCUCUGGCGUCGGGUGCUUAUGCCGGGGCGGCCGUCAACAUCACCAUAAGGGCCCGGGAUGCAAACGGCUUAUUGCGAACGCAGGGCGGCGACAGCACCCACUUUGCGGCACGCAUCGAGCCGGCUGUGGCGUGGCCGCCCAAUGUGACGGACCAUGGAGACGGGACGUAUCUCGUCAGCUUUGUGCCGGUUCUCGUUGGAGAACACACUGUCACGUUGUUGAUUGACGAGGAGCCUUUCGCGUUUUUCAAGUUCGACACCCUCCUCGACUCCCGCGACGCUGCCAAGUUCUUCCUGGCGGGCCCCCGCACCGCGGCCGCGGGGCAAAACCUGACCUUCUCGGUCCGCCCACUCUUCGACCACUACUUGACCGUCAACUCGUUCUCUAUCAACGUCACCAGCACGAAUUCACUCAAGGCCGUAGCCUCGUUGGACGACGCCUCAUGCCGCGAUGGAACAGCGCGCGCGUCGGUGGACUGCGUCUUCACCUUGAACGCAACGCAGUCGGGGACUUAUGCCGUCAGCGUAUACUUGAGCUCGGAAGAGGUGACCAGCAGCCCGGCUAGCUUCGUGAUACUACCGGGGCCCCCCUCGGUUCUGCGCUCGUCAGUGACCGGUUCGGCGCAGGCGGCUGCGGGCGACGCGGCCGCGUAUGCGGUCCGCCUUAUGGACUUUUUCGGAAACGCAAUCACCGCGGACGUCGUCCUCGAGUUUUCCGGCCCAACUCCGGCGUCCGUUCCGCAGCUGAUUCCGGCGGCAUACAACGGAAGCCAAGCGGUGUACACAGCGAAGGCGUUCCUGUCCGCCCGGGGCAGCUACAACAUCACUGCAAAAGCUGUGGUUGCUGCCGACAACGGUGGCGGCAGCCUAGGCGUUUCCUCGCUUCCCUUCGGUCAGCCGCUGAUCGUUAAGCCGGGGCCGCUCAACGCAACGCGCGUCAGGGAGUCGCUCCAGGGGCCCGCCCUGCAGGACGCGGCCGCGGGCGCGCCGCUCUCCAUCAUAGCGUAUCCCCUUGACGCAUACAAUAACCCGCUGGGCCCGACGGAAACUGGCGGCGUGGCAAUGCGUGUGAUCGUCCGCAACGGAAGUGACGUCACGUUGGUGGAUCAGGCACUAAGCUGGGCGGACGGCGAUACUGUCCUGAAGGGGGGCCGGAUUUUUUUGACCGCGGCCGGUGCUUAUAACGUCUCCGUUGUUCUAAGCAUCGGCGACAGCCCCUCGAGUCUGGUGUACAACAAGUCCAUUACGGUCACGGCGGCGGAGUGGGUCUUGGCCCAGACGCGAGUGUUUGGACUCGCGAGCGUGAGGGCCGGAGACCUUGGCACCUUCCAAGUUCAGCUAAGGGACGCCUACGGCAACGCCGCACCUGGCGACGCCUCUCUCUUCAACACAAGCUACUUAGGCCUGCUUCCCGACAACGCCCAGAAACUGGUCCUCGGCUCCGAUAUGACCGUUAAAUCUGGCGCCCAAGCCGGCCUGUUCACAUUCUCAUACCGGGGGACCGUUGCGGGUCAAUACGGUAUCCACCUCGCACUGCGUAUGGAAAGCGUGCCAGGGGUGGAUGCCCUCGGUAACCUGGUGAUAACCCCCGGGUUUGCGGCGUCGGUGACGUCGACGGUCAGGGGCACCGGGCUCCAAGACGGCAUGGCCCUCAACGCGCGGAGCUUGUACCUGACGGUGUAUGACACGUGA